GUUCGUCCGAAGAGGCGAAGGGUAGUGGUGAAGACCGGAGUCGGCCGAGGUGGAAGCUCGUCCGUGGCGGUCGGAGAUAUUGGCGUCUCUGUUGCUCAACCGCCGCCGGUGCAGCCUAUGGCGGCUCCAGCUGAUGUGGCCAGGAGGAGAGGCUCCAAGAGGGUGGCUGAGAAGACCGCUCUCGGUCAAGCUAGCCAAAGAGCGAAGGCAAGUUCUCCGCCUCGGAAGGCGGCUGGUCGGGGAAAGGGCGUGAAGCGCGGGGAGGAACAGAGUUCUAUAGAGGUGUCGACUCAGGCGGCCACGGAUGGGGAGGCGGCUGAGUUUGCUUUGCACACUAUUAGUGAUCAUCUCGUUAUGCCUUCCGAGUACACCCCUUCAGCUUUGGACAGUCACAGGAGACUUGCAGAGACCGCUUCGCGGUUCUUCUUUUCGGCUCAGAUUGGGUUCUCGCAGGUCAUUCUGUUGAAUGACCGCCUGUCCCGGACUGUGGAGGACAAUGCCGUUGAGAUAGCGAAACUGAAG